UUUAUUAAAUCUCACUCCCGACGAAAGCAUUUUUAGGUUUCUUCAAAAAUUCUAGCGCUAGAUCCGAUCGAUCCGCUCCCAUGGAUUCAGGGCAGGGAGGGAAGCUCAAUAGAUUCCUGCGCAGCUGUGGAUUUGGCGGCGCCGCGAGGCAGCACCAUUCGUCCCAGCCAGCGGCGGCUUCAGCGACAGCGGCAGCGAGCCCUUCGGCAAGAAAUCCAUUGGACGAUUGCUUGGAAUGCCCGGUUUGCUGGGAGAAUUUCAAUGGCGGCGACCACACGCCUUACGUUCUCUUCUGUGGCCACACCCUGUGCAAGACGUGCUUGAUGGGCCUCCAGUGGGGGACAAUCAAGCCACUCCAGCUCCAGCUCCCUCUCCUCGUCCCGUGCCCCUGGUGCCAGUUCCUCACGCUCCGCCUCUCCUGGAAGGGAGGCCGCCUCAAAUUCCCGGCGAAGAACUUCUUCCUCCUCUCCAUCGUCGAGGCCGCGAGGGGCAGCUCCUCGGCCGCUACCACCGAGUGCUCCAAGCCGGAGGAUCACGUCCCGGCGAGCCGGAGGCUGGACAAGGGCGCCUGGAGGAUGAGCGACGUGUGGCAGAUCGGGCUUAACUUGCAGCAGCGCCGGGUCUGGCACGAGAUCGUCCACGACGAGUGGAAUGCCGACCAGGUGUUGAAGCUCAUCCGGCUGAUCGCCCAGGUGAUCUCCAAGCUGCCACCGAUGAUCUUGCUGCUCUUCCUGGUGUUUUACGUCCUGCCCUUCAGCGCUCUCGUGCUGGUGCUCUACAGCUUGGUGACGCUGGUCUUCGCGGUGCCUUGCUACCUGGUGCUCUACUUCUCGUAUCCGGGCAUGCAGUGGCUGGCCCGAGAGAUUGUUGCUGCUUGACUCGUAGGAGGAUUUUUUAGUCGAGAGAUAAGCGAUUCCCGAGAACACUGGCUUCGCAGGCCCGGUCAUAUAGACGUGGUUGUUUGCUUCUUUCCACUCUAUCUCCAGUGGACCACCCGGAAGAUCGACAACGCAUCUCUAGGAUACCUUGCGUGAGUGCCAUGAAAUGUGAGGUAGACAGUACGUACCCUUUGUGCUCGUCCUUCCAAGACUGCCGCUACUACGACAGCGCAAGCUCCAGUUCCACAGGCCAAGGUCGGACCUACAACAUAGAGUAUAAUAUCAGAUUCAAAGCUAUGGUACCAUGUUCACGAAUUUUACCUGCGCCUCUCUCCCACACUCUCAUCCUGAGGAAAAACCUCAUGGUGCUCGAAAAGAGGUCCAAUCUUCUCCAAGGGCAGCUUAUUCACCUCGAGAUCCUGGAUAGAGAUGGGAAUAAGGAAAUGAGAAGCAUUCAAACAUGUUUGAUUACCCCUUUA